UUCUCAGAGUCAGGGUCUAGACGUGCGCGGGCCGUGGGGCCCAGGCCGGGUGUGCGGAGGAGGCCCGGGUGCCUCCUCAGGGUCUGGCCCUCAACUCCUUGGCCUGAGGCUGGAAGGGGCUCCGGAGCUGAGGUGGCAGGGAGAAAAGAUGACUUCUCUAUCCCAAGACUGGAACAGUUGAAGGAAACUGCAGAACAAGAUGAGAACAACAAAGGUCUACAAACUGGUCAUCCACAAAAAAGGAUUUGGGGGCAGUGAUGAUGAGCUAGUUGUGAACCCUAAAGUGUUUCCUCACAUCAAGCUUGGAGACAUUGUGGAGAUUGCUCACCCCAAUGAUGAGUACAGCCCUCUGCUUUUACAAGUCAAGUCACUUAAAGAAGACUUACAGAAAGAAACUAUCAGUGUGGACCAGACAGUAACACAAGUGUUCCGGCUAAGACCUUAUCAAGAUGUCUAUGUGAAUGUUGUGGACCCUAAGGAUGUGACCCUUGACCUAGUGGAACUAACUUUUAAGGAUCAGUAUAUUGGCCGUGGAGAUAUGUGGCGACUAAAGAAGAGUUUGGUCAGCACAUGUGCCUAUAUCACUCAAAAGGUGGAAUUUGCUGGUAUUAGGGCACAGGCUGGUGAACUGUGGGUCAAGAAUGAGAAGGUCAUGUGUGGUUAUAUCAGUGAAGACACCAGGGUGGUGUUCCGUUCUACAUCGGCUAUGGUUUACAUAUUUAUUCAGAUGAGCUGUGAAAUGUGGGAUUUUGAUAUUUAUGGGGAUCUGUAUUUUGAGAAAGCUGUGAAUGGUUUCCUUGCUGAUCUGUUUACCAAGUGGAAGGAGAAGAAUUGUAGUCAUGAAGUGACAGUUGUCCUGUUUUCUAGAACUUUCUAUGAUGCAAAAUCUAUUGAUGAAUUUCCUGAGAUAAACCGAGCCUCAAUUCGACAGGAUCACAAAGGGCAAUUCUAUGAAGACUUUUACAAAGUGGUGGUGCAGAAUGAGCGAAGGGAAGAGUGGACUUCACUCCUCGUGACCAUUAAAAAGCUCUUCAUCCAGUAUCCAGUGUUGGUGCGACUGGAACAGGCAGAGGGCUUUCCUCAAGGAAACAAUUCUACCUCAGCACAAGGAAACUACCUAGAGGCCAUCAAUUUGUCAUUCAAUGUGUUUGACAAGCACUACAUCAACCGCAACUUUGACCGAACUGGGCAGAUGUCUGUGGUGAUCACACCUGGGGUGGGUGUCUUUGAAGUGGACCGCUUACUCAUGAUACUGACCAAGCAGCGGAUGAUAGAUAAUGGAAUUGGUGUGGACUUGGUGUGCAUGGGAGAGCAACCACUACAUGCUGUUCCACUGUUCAAGCUGCACAAUCGGAAUGCUCCUCGGGAUUCUCGCCUGGGUGAUGACUAUAAUAUUCCUCACUGGAUAAACCACAGUUUCUACACAUCUAAAAGCCAACUCUUUUGUAACAGUUUUACUCCACGAAUAAAACUGGCAGGCAGGAAGCCUGCCUCUGAGAAAGCAAAAAUUGGCCGUGAUACAUCUCUUGGGACUCCGAAAGAAUCUGAGAAUGCUCUUCCCAUCCAAGUAGAUUACGAUGCUUAUGAUGCUCAAGUGUUCAGGUUGCCUGGCCCGUCCUGGGCUCAGCGCCUCGCCACCUACAGGUUUUCUGCCAGGUCCGUGCGAGAGAGGGAGAACCAUAGUCGCAAAAGUGCCAGCUCCUGUGAUGUCUCAUCCAGCCCUUCCCUGCCAAGUCGUGUGCUGCCCACUGAAGAAGUGAGGAGCCAAGCUUCUGAUGACAGCUCUCUGGGCAAAAGUGCCAACAUCCUGAUGAUCCCACACCCCCACUUGCACCAGUAUGAAGUCAGCAGCUCCUUGGGCUACACCAGUACUCGAGAUGUUCUGGAGAAUAUGAUGGAGCCACCCCAGCGAGACUCCAGUGCACCAGGGAGGUUCCAUGUAGGCAGUGCAGAGUCCAUGCUACAUGUCCGACCUGGUGGAUACACACCCCAGCGUGCGCUGAUUAACCCCUUUGCCCCUUCACGAAUGCCCAUGAAGCUGACGUCUAACAGACGGCGAUGGAUGCACACGUUUCCUGUGGGACCAUCCGGAGAGGCAAUCCAGAUCCAUCAUCAGACCCGACAAAAUAUGGCGGAGCUUCAGGGCAGCGGGCAGAGGGACCCAACUCACUCCUCUGCAGAACUAUUGGAGUUAGCGUAUCAUGAAGCAGCUGGAAGGCGAGGAUAUGCCCAGGGCUCUGGAAGGCACAGCAGUUCUCCCCAGCCUGGUGACGGCAUUUCCUUCUUGAACUUCAGUGGAACAGAAGAGCUUUCUGCCAGCCUGCUUAGCAACAGUGGUGCAGGUAUGAAUCCUAGGACCCAGAAUAAGGAUUCUCCAGAGGACAGUAUUUCUACCUCUCCAGACCCAAUUCUGACACUGUCUGCUCCCCCUGUAGUGCCAGGCUUCUGUUGCACAGUUGGAGUGGACUGGAAGUCUCUCACUACUCCGGCGUGUCUCCCCCUCACCACCGACUACUUCCCUGAUCGUCAGGGCCUGCAGAAUGACUACACGGAGGGCUGCUACGAUCUCCUCCCAGAAGCAGACAUGGACAGGAGGGAUGAGGAAGGUGUCCAGAUGACGGCCCAGCAGGUGUUUGAAGAGUUCAUAUGCCAGCGUCUCAUGCAAGGAUACCAAAUCAUAGUGCAGCCCAAGGCACAGAAACCCAACCCUGUUGUCCCACCCCCACUGAGCAGCAGCCCCCUCUAUAGCCGAGGCCUUGUGUCUCGAAACCGCCCUGAGGAAGAGGAUCAGUAUUGGCUGAGUAUGGGCAGAACUUUCCACAAAGUGACUCUGAAGGACAAAAUGAUCACAGUGACACGGUACCUUCCCAAAUACCCUUAUGAAUCUGCUCAGAUCCAUUACACCUACAGCCUCUGCCCUUCCCACUCAGACUUGGCAUUUGUCUCCUGUUGGGUGGAAUUCUCCCAUGAGCGACUGGAGGAAUACAAGUGGAAUUACUUAGACCAGUAUAUUUGUUCUGCAGGUUCUGAGGAUUUCAGCUUAAUUGAGUCUCUGAAAUUCUGGAGGACCCGCUUCCUGCUGUUGCCAGCCUGCGUCACUGCCACCAAGCGCAUCACAGAGGGGGAGGCCCACUGCGACAUCUAUGGGGACAGACCCCGUGCAGACGAGGAUGAAUGGCAGCUCCUGGAUGGCUUUAUCCGUUUCGUGGAGGGCUUGAACCGGAUCCGCAGACGACAUCGUUCAGAUCGCAUGAUUCGGAAAGGGACGUCCAUGAAAGGCUUGCAGAUGACUGGGCCAAUUUCCACGCACUCCCUGGAGUCAGCAGGCCCCCCGGUUGGGAAGAAGGGAACCUCAGCUCUGUCUGCUCUGCUGGAGAUGGAGGCAAGUCAGAAGUGCCUAGGAGAACAGCAGGCAGCUGUGCAUGGUGGAAAGAGCUCUGCCCAGACAGCCGAGAGCAGCAGCAUUGCCAUGACUCCCACCUACGUGGACAGCCCACGAAAGGACGGGGCCUUCUUUAUGGAGUUUGUCCGCAGCCCACGCACAGCAUCAUCUGCUUUCUAUACUCAGGUGUCUCUGGACCAAACAGUUGCUCCAGCGUUGGAUAGCACCAGUUUGGGGGUAAGCGCUGGCCAGUCUGUGGACAGAGGCAACAGUCAGGCUUUUGGGAACUCCCAGAACAUAGAACAGGCCUUCCCUUCCACAAUCUCCAGCGACAGCAGCUCUCAGCAGCAGGCAGCAGGUUCCUUGACAUCAUCCUCCACCCUGGUAGAGAUCCUAGAAGCCAUGAAGCAUCCCUCGACAGGAGUCCAGCUGCUGUCUGAACAGAAGGGCCUCUCACCGUGCUGCUUCAUCAGUGCGGAGGUGGUGCACUGGCUGAUGAACAAUGUGGAAGGGGUCCAGACACAGGCGAUGGCCAUUGACAUUGUGCAGAAAAUGCUGGAAGAGCAGCUCAUCACACACGCAUCUGGUGAAGCAUGGCGGACCUUCAUCUAUGGCUUCUACUUCUACAAGAUGGUGAUGGAUAAAGAACCUGAUCGAGUGGCCACACAGCAGCACACAGCAACUUGGCACACAGCAGGAGUGGAUGACUUUGCCAGCUUCCAGCGCAAAUGGUUUGAGGUGGCCUUUGUGGCAGAAGAACUUUUGCACUCUGAGAUUCCUGCCUUCCUCCUGCCCUGGCUACCCAGCCGUCCAGCCUCCUAUGCAAGUAGGCACAGCUCCUUUAGUCGAAGUUUUGGAGGACGGAGCCAGGCAGCUGCACUUUUAGCUGCCACCGUCCCAGAGCAGAGGACUGUGACCCUGGAUGUUGAUGUGAACAACCGCACGGACCGGCUGGAGUGGUGUAGCUGCUAUUAUCAUGGCAACUUCUCCCUGAAUGCAGCGUUUGAGAUCAAGCUACACUGGAUGGCAGUGACAGCCGCAGUGCUCUUUGAGAUGGUUCAAGGCUGGCAUCGAAAAGCUACGUCCUGUGGCUUUUUGUUGGUCCCCGUUUUGGAGGGUCCCUUUGCUUUGCCCAGUUAUCUUUAUGGUGAUCCCCUUCGAGCCCAGCUCUUCAUUCCGCUCAACAUCAGCUGCUUGAUCAAGGAAGGCAGUGAGCAUCUGUUUGACAGUUUUGAACCGGAAACGUAUUGGGAUCGAAUGCAUCUUUUCCAGGAAGCCAUUGCACACAGGUUCGGGUUUGUACAAGAUAAAUAUUCUGCCUCUGCUUUUAACUUCCCUGCUGAGAACAAGCCUCAGUACAUCCACGUUACAGGGACAGUGUUUCUGCAGCUGCCCUACUCCAAGCGCAAGUUCUCGGGGCAGCAGCGACGGCGGCGGAACUCCACCAGCUCCACCAACCAGAACAUGUUCUGCGAGGAGCGCGUUGGUUACAACUGGGCCUACAACACCAUGCUGACCAAGACGUGGCGCUCCAGCGCCACGGGGGAUGAAAAAUUUGCUGACCGGCUACUGAAGGACUUCACAGACUUCUGCAUCAACCGUGACAACCGGCUGGUCAUGUUCUGGAUGAGCUGUCUGGAGAAGAUGCACUCCAGUGCCCCGUGAAGCUAGGCUGCCCUGGGCUUGGAAGGAGGUGCCCGUGCUGGGGGAAGAGGAUCCGACGCCGACUGUCAGCAUCAGGUGUCAGUGUGCCAGUGUCCGUGAGUGGGGCCGUAGCUUCUUUUUGGCCUUCCCCGAGUGUUCUAUUCCAGGAGAAAGACUUUGGAAGCAGCUCCCGCUUCCACCACUGAGAUCCUGUCAGCAAGUGCCCAGAGCAGGAGGGAGGCACAGAUUGUCCGUGGGAGGGCGCUUCAGUGUCUGGAAAAGUGGGCAGGCAGCCCUCAUGAAUGUCCUUGGAGAGAGGGAGGCUCCUGUUAGUGUCCUUUUCCUCCACCAUUCCUAGGAUAAUCUGAAGAGAAUCUGCCGCUUCCUGCCCAGAAGUAUGCACAGUGUGUAAGAUAAUUAUGUGAAAUAAUGUACCAUAGACUCACGCCGUCUGUAUAUACCUGUACAUACAUAUCAGAAGCAAAUAAAACUUCAUGUGCAGCCUCUCUGUCCCAAGCCUUGUUCCCGACUGCAGCCGUACCAUCCUUUGUGGGCGAUCGUGCCCAGUGAGUGAGGUAGGCACAGAUGGCGAGGACUUCAAGAAGACACUCGCUUGGGGCAUCUGGCUGUGACUUAGCUAAGAUAAUUCUUUUUACAGACCAUUGGGCAUGGCAGGGAUACUUCCGGUUGGGACUAGUAAGAUGAGUAGGUAACUUUAGGCUUGUGCUGUUGGAGGUGAAUCUUACUUAAUGGGUGAGCCCAGCUCUGGAAUGCAGACAUCAUGGCAGUGUGAAAUAUGUCAAAAGGAAAGCCUCUUUGCACUUUUGGUUUAGGACCCGCGGUUUAACAGGGUAAGACUUAACAUGGAUCCUCAAUCUUAGCACCUUGCCCUAACCUGCUUAGGAGAGGGGAGAACCUGGCAGUUACCCCGCAUCCUCCGCCAUCCCUCCACCUGGAACUAAUCCCAGGCUCUGGUGAUUUACCUCCUCAGUAACUUGCAGAAUCAUCCACUUCUCAGGCUCCGUGUGACCACUCCAAGGCCAGCCCACCUUUGUCUUCCCCUCGGAUCCCUAGGAAAACUUAACUUGUCUUUACUUUCACUCCAGGCCAUUCUCUACUGUGCAGUUAGAAUCUUUUUUUAAAAAACACUCCGAUUGUUUCUGCCACUUCUUUAGAAUUCUCCAACUUAAGCUUGGAAAUCUUAGAUGUGAGGCUGGGAUGUCGGUCAGCGGUUGAGCACUUACCUCGCAUGCACAGGGCCCUGGGUUUGAUACCCACCUCUAAUCUCCCUCAGAAAACUUGGAUGCAGCCCACACGAUCCUGCAUAACCAUUGUGUAGUUCUUGGAACUUUGCACCUCUAGCAGUUAAGGAUGUUUGCACACGCUGUUCCAUCUGAACUUACUUAGAGCUCCUAAGAUGCAGCCAUUGAUGUUACAUGUAGAGAUUUUGAAAGAUUAGGUUUGUUAAUAUGUAAGACAAUAAUGGUUGAUUCUUGGCGUGGAAUUUUCCUUUUUUACCUUUCCUUCCCACAAACAAACCAGUGCUUCUCUCAGAAGUGUUAGUCUUCUUAUCUAUAAAAUGGGAAGCUAUCUCCCAGGGGAGUUGGAAGAUGUAUGUAUACGAAAGGAUGUACCUACAAGAAGGCAGUAAAUGAUUAUUUUUUCCUCAAGUGGCUCUUGUCACGUUCCUGCAUGAGCGUCUUCACCAUGCUCCCAAGCCACCUUCCUGAGUGGUGGUGCUGGGCGCAACAACUCCGGCCUGUUCUAGUCCUAUGGCAUGAUCGUUUGUGAUCCUCAUUACCCAGCAUGUAAAGCCAAAGUUGACCCCAGUUUCUGUCAUGUGUCCACAGAUGACCGGGCUAAAAAAACUCAGAAUGAUCUGGCAAGAAGGGGUGGGUUAUGAGUUAGAAUGUUAGGGUCACACGCCUGUCCUAGCUGAACCUGAAACAGCUUGCCCUUGAGCCCCAGUUCCCUCUGCCUGCUCCCUUGUACUCCUCUUUGAUGGCUAUUUCCUUCUACCCAUGAAACUCUGAAACCUAACGCAAUGCCUUCCUCCUCCACCAUCACUCCACUCUCCCACUUUUCCAUCUAACCUGUCCCUUAGGCCUGUCCAGCUCUGUCCAUACCUGCUGCCUACGUGCAGAGCUCAGCUCUCAGGGAAUAUAUGAUUUGAUUAGACAUUGCUGUGAUUUCAUGUAUUGGAAUCUUCAUCCCUAAAGCUUUCUAUUAGAAGUAUUUGGGAGGUAAUAAGGAUUAGAUGAGAUCAUGAGGAUGGGAUUCUCGAGACGGCCUUAGUGGCCUUUAUAGGAAAAGGAAGAGACCCAUGUUACCAUGCUUCUGUACCAUGUCGUGAUACAGCAAGAAGGCCCUCGCCAGGUGCCAGUGCCAUGUUCAUGGACUUCCCAGCCACUAGAACUAUAAGCCAAAUAAACUUCUAUUC